UUCGUAGACGGAGGCGAGGUGUUCCGACUGCGAUCUAUUGCUAUCAAGUGGGAAAUGGCGGCAAGGAAAAAGGGUGAUAUAGGCAUAAAGGAUUUCUGCAGAUCUGAAGAAGAAGAAAUAGUUCAAAGUGUUUUUAAGAACAUUGUCCAUGAUUGUAAUGGCAUUUUGCCGGCAUUUCUCAACUUAGUUAUUGAUUGUAGUAAUGCUAAAUCUGGAAGAUUCUUCGGUGAUGCACGUGUCGGCCUUGCGCUUUGUUAUGAAUGCGGCGAAGCAUAUUCACUGAACUAUAAAAGAGGAUAUCCAGAGUGUGGAUGUGUUUAUACAAAGGACCUUUUAGCCUUAGAUGUUAUUAAAGAAUUCCUGAAUGAUGGAGUAGAUGCCAUCGAGAAAUACCCUGCGUCCUGUCGGUCAUUCUUGGCGUUGUUUGAAUUUCUGCGUGACCGAAGAAAACAUGAAGAGGCAAUCCAGAACCUUGCCAAAGAUCUUCCAACAAAUGGAAGUAAGACACAAAUUAUGGUUGGAUUGGCCCAUCACUUCUUUUCUCAGUUGAUCCCAGGGAAGAAGUAUGAGGUUGAUGAAUAUGCAAAGCAUCUUCCAGAGAGAUGUGACUGUGGCUGUAAGGAGAACAUUUGUAAAGGAGACACUUCAAUAGGAUCAGAGAGAACAUGGCAUGGCAGAGUAGACAUCAUUUUGAAUGAUGCCAUUGCUGUUACGCUUGGGGACGAAGAAACUGAGAGCGAUGAAGAGGAUAAAGAUGAUGACGACAAUGAUACAGAUGCUGAACCAGCAAAAAAACAAAGAAAGUUUGAAACUGAGAACACUGAAGAUAUUUGUGUUGAAGAAAAAACCAACCAAAAACAUGACAGUGUUCUUUUGGAAACAAAAGUUGUGGAGGAAAUCUUGGCUAAAGCUGUAACUAAUGGAUUUGCUCAGGUUAAUAGGAGCGAGAGUACACUAUCAAAUUUCUUGAUUCCAACAAUUGCAGCAACAGUUGAUCAUGUGUGUGUUUGUUUGUAUGACCCUCAAUAUGACUGCUUACUACUGUCCGAGGAAUGGAUGAAUCUGUGGAUUCCACAUAAGAACAUUCUAGAUUAUAAGAUCAUUGUUGUUGUCUGGCUUUUCCUGAAUUUCACUGUUUUUACCAAGACAAAAAUGGCUGCCAGAUAUAAUCUUGACCAAUCAGGAUUACAUGCACAGCUGCAAAAUCAUCUGCUGUAUUAUAGACAGGUAGAGACAGGUAAAAAGAUUGUGCCAUUACCUUGGAUUUUUGCUAAAAACUACAAAGUGGCAGUGUGUCAAUAGCAUUUUAAAUGGAGUAUGUAAAGAGAGAAUCAUACACAGGGGAGUUAACACUCAAAACUGGGUCACUAUCUAAUACUAUAUUGUUGCCAAUGUCUUUACUUAAAUGACAAUACAACACUAUUACUUAC